AUGCACUGGUCCCUCACACAGUUUACGCCGGCGUCCAUGGGCGUCCAGCCACAAAACACCAUCGAAAGGAGCUUCGCCAUCGGUGUGCUGCUUUUUGCCCUCCUCGUCUUCUCUUCUUUUGUGGCGAGCCUGACUGGCGCAACCACGAGCUUGCGCAAGAUGACGGGGCGGCAUUCAUCUCAGCUGUGGCUGCUCCGAAAGUUCCUGCGACAGCGUGGAAUCUCACUGGAUUUGCAGGUUCGAAUCAACCGGUACAUCAAUGUUGUACUGACGAACACGCAGCGCUAUGUGCAAUACAGC